GCUAGCGAGCGCUCUGGCGCAUGCUGCUGCCGAUUGCUUUGCAGAAUGGCUUUGCAAUAUUCGCCUUUAGUGGUACUUCGCGCUUCUUUCUUGCUGGUUCGUUUGAUCAGCUAAACGACAACACGACGCGGCAAAUACGACCACCGUCCCAGCGACGGCGGCGACAUAGUCGAUCGAUAGCGAGUUCGAUCAUAGCAAAGCAAACCAAACUAAACAACAAACAGCCGGCUAACGAAACGACGACGGCAAAUGCAAACGCGUUGCAAAUAGUAAAUACACCAAAAAAUCGGUUGUUACUUGAUAUGUGGCGUGUGUUUUAUGAAAUGACAUUCGGUGAAUUUUUAUAAACAAUAACGGUGUUUACGAGUGCUUCACGGCACAUAUACGCAUGUAUUGAUAUCCUUAAAAACUGCAAAAAAUAACAAAACAUUUGCGUGGCAUUUGAAAAUCAAUUGUUCGCUAUUUGCUUGCCAAAGUGUUCCUGGAAGUUACUAAAAAAGAAUUUGCAAUAAAAAAGUGAAAAAAGCAACCGUUCAACGAAAAUUAAGCAAUAAACCAUAAAGUCGGCAGCCAAAACUACGUAAUAACAAAGCAACAAACACGGUAAAUACAACAAACAGCUAAGCAUGCCUAAUUGCGGUAGAAAGGUCAUGUGCGCAGACGCAACUACUACCGCGCAUGCAUAAAGGCUCAACAGCAGCAACAACAACUACAACGCAGGCGUUUAGUGGAAAAUAUUUGUGACUGGCUGACAAUGCGUGGCGUAAAUAUGUGUAUGUAAAUGCAAUAAGAAGCGAAAAAAAAACAGAAACAUAGUUACAUACAUAUGUAUAUGAGGAAACACAUGGUUGAUUUUUUUAAAGCUGAACAAAUUAUGGUGUUGACUUGUGGAAAAAUAUGCGUAAAAUCAGCAAAAAUAUAAACACUAAAAAUUUAAAUUAAAUAAAUUAAAUAUUUAAAUACAUUAUCUAAAUAUUUUAAAGAUAUAUUUUAAAGAAUCAAAAUAAUAAUUUCAGAAAUAUAUAAAAAAAUAUUGAAAACAAAAACAGAGAUUAAAAUAAUAAUAAAAAAAUAAAAAAAGAAAGAAUACCUGAAAAUAUCUGCAAAAAGAACAAUAAUACAACAAAUUUACCGCAAAGUACUUCAAAGUACUUCAAAAACAUUAUUUAUACAACAUAUAAUGAUAAGAACAACACAAGAAUAGCAGAGAUAUAAAAUCGGAUAAUUCUACUAACAGCGUAACCAAGCUCUCUGCAUUAUAUACAAGACUUUUCUAACAACAACAAUAGCAACAAACCACUCAUCAAAAUGAUGAAUCAGGAUAAUCCGUAUGCGAUGAAUCAGACCUGCAAGGUCUGUGGGGAGCCUGCGGCGGGUUUUCAUUUUGGUGCAUUUACAUGCGAGGGUUGUAAGUCCUUCUUCGGUCGCUCCUACAACAAUCUCUCUUCCAUUAGUGAUUGCAAGAAUAACGGUGAAUGUAUAAUCAACAAGAAGAAUCGUACCGCAUGCAAAGCUUGCCGGCUACGCAAGUGUCUGAUGGUCGGUAUGUCCAAGAGUGGCUCACGCUAUGGACGCCGUUCGAAUUGGUUUAAAAUACACUGUCUACUGCAAGAGCAGCAGCAGCAAGCUGCGGCAGCAAUGGCAGCACAUCAUAAUAAUCAGCAACAGGCAGCAGUUGCUGCCGCGCACGCAGCGGCACAACAUGGCGGACCACCACUUAUGCCGGGGCAGAAACCACAAGCGCCACAUGGCAUGUCACCGCAUGGACCGCCCAGCAGCGCCGCCGCAGCAGCCGCGCUUGGUAUGUUGGGGCAUGCAGGCGCAUACCCCGGACUCUAUCCGCCACGCACGAAGGAGGAGUUGCUAAUGUUGGGACUCGAGGAAUAUGCUGCAGCAGCAGCGGCCGCCAAACAUCCUGCCAACGCAUCGCCGGCCGUUAGCUCGCCUGACUCGCACAAUUCAGAUAAUUCGUUAGAAAUUAAUACGCGCGGUGGUGCGAGCGCCAAUGCGCUGCUACACUUGAGCGCCAAACAUGCCGCAGAGGCGGGCGGUGCAUCAGCGCAAGCGCCGCCACCACCACAACUACGCAAAGACUUGCCACAUUUCCUGCCGCUGCCGUUCCCUGGACUCGGUUCAAUGCCAGUCAUGCCACCACCUGCCUUUCUACCACCGUCACACUUGCUCUUCCCCGGCUACCAUCCGGCGUUGUACUCACAUCAUCAAGGGCUGUUGAAAACUUCAGCGGAACAACAGCAACAGGCCGCCGCGGCUGCAGCCGCUGUGCAUCAGCUAUUCAAUACAAAUAGUGUAGCGCAAAAUCGUUUUCCACCCGCAAUGCAAGCGCCCAGCUCACCAUUGACAGUAGCUAACACCACAACGCACAAUAAUAAGCUGGACGCCUGUAAGGAAGCGGAGCGUGUCGCGCAGAGUCCGAAGACUGGUGACGCGCUUAACAACAAUCAUAUACCCAAUGGCAGUAAAGCGGCAGAGGAACUCACAAAGCGCUUCUACUUAGACGCAGUGCUCAAGUCACAACGCAACAGUCCACCGCCGACGACAACAAAAUUGCCCGAACAUCCGAAGCACGAUUACUCUAUCUCCGCUUUGGUGACGCCGAAUUCAGAGAGUGGACGCGAGCGUUUGCGUAGUCGGCAAAGCAAUGAGGACGAUGAGGAAUGCGACGAGCGGCAUGACGCGACGCGUUGCAUUACAACAAAAGCCGCCACAACUGCUAUUGGUGACGCGCACGCGCUAGUGGGUAAUGGUGGCGAUAGUGAUGAGCGCGCGGCCAAAGCGCAAAGCGACAAUGAUGAAGAUGAUGAUGAGGAACUGGUUGUGUCUAUGACGCCACCGCAUUCGCCUGUGAAUAAUCGCGUGCUCAAUAGCGGCGAGGAUGAUGGUACUACGACGACUACGGCAAACAAUACUAACAACAGCACCACCACGCCCGCAACAACACCAACGCCAGCGGUGGCAACGCUAACAAGCGCCUUACCACCAGCUGCGAAGUCCACACUGCAACAGGACAAUCCUAUUGAUUUGAGCAUGAGGACUUGUAGCUCAGUGGCGAGCAGUUCGCUCAGCAGCAAGUGCAGCUCGACUGGCUCAGUGCAAGCAACCGACAGCGAUAAUGAAAUUGAGUGUGUGAUGGAACAGGAACAGCAGACAAAGUGUCGGCAGCUCAGUAGCCCCGCUGAAAGACAAGCUCAAAAUAUAAAGUCGUUUGCGGAGUGCGCUGAAGAAGAAGAGGUACUACAGGUGGACAUUGAUGGUUUGGAUAAACCAGUUGAUACUAGACUCCACAAACUCUGUGACAAUAACAAAAACAACAAUAAUAACAAUGACAACAACAGCGCUAACAAUAACAACAAUAAUAGCAACAACAGUAAUAAUAGCAAUAACAACAACAAUAACAGCAACAACAAUACAACACAUGUUAUCAACUCAAGCGACAGCGAUGAAAGCGUUCUGCAGUUGGACGUCGUGAAGCGGAAGUUACAACAUAACGUUAGCGGCAAGCAGUCGGACAGCGAUGCGCUGUGUGCCAAGCGUUUGAGAUUAAGCGCGGCAGCCACUGCGCUGGAGUGCGCCGUCAAUAUGAAAGCUGGGGUAGGCAGCGUAGGCGACUGUGUUGGCGCGGCAUCGAAGGCAGCAAGUGGUAAUGUCGCAAGCGCCGUGACACCAACAACAACAACACCAUUGGAUUUGACCACGAAGGUUUAGUUUGAAAUGGAAAUGGAUAUUUUAGUGAAAUUGAUUAAUUUU